AUGGGCGACUACGACCGCACCGAGUCGCCAAAUGCUGGUGUCGCAGAUGACCCCCCGACGACUCAAUUCAAGCCUGGGCCUUCUGCAUCUAGCUCCAAAGGACCAUUGUAUAUGCAAAGCUCUGACGGUAAACAUGUGCUUGUACGAAGGCUAAAACGCAAGGAAGACGGCUCUUGGAAACACUUUACUCGGUGGUUUGUUGAGAACCAAAUUAGCCUGUCAUUCAACCUCCUUGCCCUCCUAUUCCUCUGCCACAACUUCAUCCCCAAAGCUCGAACGCACACAUACAAGUAUUUCCAGCUCGUCUACUAUAAUGAAAAAACCGGCCAGUAUGGCAUUGGCUUCGACGACACCUACUUCAUUGUUUUCUGCAUUGUCGUUUUCACACUCCUGCGAGCUGGCUUCAUGGAGUACAUCUUGGCGCCGUUUGCCAGAAUGCAAGGUGUAACAAAGAAGAAGGACCAGGUUCGGUUUACUGAACAAGCCUGGCUGCUUGUUUAUUACAGCGUCUUUUGGACCAUGGGUGUUUAUAUUUACUGCAAGUCGCCGUACUACCUCAACAUGCGAGAACUUUGGACCGACUGGCCUAACCGGGAAAUGGACGGUUUGAUGAAGGGUUAUGUUUUGGCACAGUGGGCUUUCUGGCUGCAGCAGAUUAUUGUCAUCAACAUCGAAGAGCGUCGCAAGGAUCACUGGCAAAUGUUUAGCCACCACAUCAUUACUACGGCCCUUAUCUCAUCUUGCUACUUCUACCACCACACCCGUGUUGGCAACCUGAUUUUGGUCAUCAUGGAUGUGGUCGACCUUUUCCUGCCGGCUGCCAAGUGCCUCAAAUAUGCCGGCUACACCACCCUUUGCGACAUCAUGUUUGGCGUCUUCAUGUUGUCAUGGCUUCUUGCCCGCCACUUUGUCUAUGUUAUGGUGUGCUGGUCAGUGUACGCUCACACGCCUGAGAUUAUGCCCUCAGCGUGCUUCCGUGGCACCAAUGACCAUCUGAUCGGACCCGAGGCACCACCGCCUGGGUUGUCGUACCUUAUCGAGCCUUUCCUGAGCUCGACCGGACGAGUGUGCUACAACGACACGGUAAAGUGGGCGUUCUUGGCCCCUCUGCUCGCUUUGCAAGGCAUCACCAUUUACUGGUUCACCAUGAUUGUUCGCGUAGCCAUGAAGGUGCUGCGUGGCGAUGGAGCCGAGGAUUCUCGAAGUGACGACGAGGCUGUGGAGGAAGAAGACGAAUACGUCUAUGAGGAGGCUGAGCCUCUUGAGGAGGAAGUUGACGCGGACGAGAUCGAUCUUCGAAGCUGGGAGCGAAGAAGUGGUGUGAGGCGGCAGGCCAGCACUUCCGGUGUCAGUCUUCCUGGACAUAGCGACCGUAAGGAAUUGCUUGGACGCAUUGGUUGUGAGAAGCAGGUUGAUUAA